CGACAAAGGUGUGUGCUUCGACCCGUCCGGUGCUUAUCUGAGAGACGAAGAGCUCGAGUUGGCCAGGAAAAUUCCAUUUUCCCAUCUGUGCUCGUGUGUUUAAGUUUCUACGCAUGGGAUAAACGUACAAGAAAAACUCCAGUGUUUACCACAAACCAUUAGCAAAGUUUAUAAAGGAAGCGCCGAUCCAUUAAGUGGCGAGACAGAUUGCUGAUAUCCUUGGAGGCAGACCGUUCCAGGUGCAACACUUGACACUGGGAAGGCACUGUCAAGGUGAGCAGGCUCUCUCAAUGCCUGUCAAGAAGAUACCUGUCAUCUAUAUAUACCCUGUAGAUCCGGAUUUGUGUAAACAGACGCACAGUCACAAAUUCGUAUCUAGGGGAGUAUGUAGUUGAUGUAUAGGCUACAUUUCGACUUCAUCGGGCAAAGAAGAUGACAAAAUAACUUUCGGGUUGUUUAUUAGUGACUCUCUGGUAGCGGGGUAUCGUAGCAGGAACGAAAGUUUCCUUAUUUCUUUGUUUUUUUCCCCCUGUAAAUCGCGGCGUGGAACGUCAGCGCGCUCGUGAUGUCACGCGCAUUGCGGGAGACUUUUAUAGAAUUCGAAAAAAAAGAAUUCUUUAAAAAGAAUUCGAAACGAUGGCGGGGGAAAAAAACGAUUAAUGCUCGUCUGAAUGCGAUGGCUUUCAAACAUCAUCAUGAGUAAACAGCUCGAAUUUUCUUCUGGUGUUAAUAGUGAGUGGAGCACAUCUAUUACUAUUCAGUGUGUGUAGAUCGGGCAUACAGGAUAAACGCGCUGUUCGGAGCCCAAUGACUGCAGACUCCCUUUAAAUGCAGAAGGUCUCCUUUGUGAUUUAGGAGGCUUUGUAACCUGAAUUAGUUGAUGAAUUUUCUAUCGAUCUUAAACAAGCCCAGAUUCAUCUCUGACACGCCGCUCACGCCACGACCAUUCUCUCGCCGUUAUUAGCGAGCGCAUUUAAGAGCUCGGCCGAGGCGAGCUUCUUGCAUCACUUUCCCCUGGUACCGCUUUUCGUGAACACCGGCCAAAAAAAUUAAGCAGGAUUUCUGCUCGCCAGAUCUGAAACAGCUCUUUACAGAGGUGCAGUCAUGUUCUCAACGCGCGGAUGAACCGAGAGGGACCGGGGGCGUGACUUUCUGCGGGGCCGCUGGAAUCCGGCGUGCCUUUUUGCGCGGCGUCUGCUCUCGCUUGUUAUUGUUUUGAUUCACCCAGCGUCUCAUCGAGCGCGUAGCUGCGUGCGAGAAACUAUGGGAUUUUGGACUGUUCCGAAAUGCGAGUUGACGAGCGCGGUCUAAACUGGCUAAUCCCAUUUCCUUAUCCGGGAAUCGCGAAGAUCCACGCCAUUGGCUGGCGAUGUCACAUGGACCCUUAACUUUGUUCACUUGACAGAAAGUAGGAGGGUUCUACGAAACAGGAAAACGAGUAAAGGGAUACAUAUAAAUUUUAGUAUAUUUUGUGUGCAAUUCAAAGAAAUUAAUGGCCAUGAGUUCCUAUUUGAUCAACUCCAACUAUGUGGACCCCAAGUUUCCACCCUGCGAGGAAUAUUCCCAGAGCGACUACCUACCCAGUCACUCUCCGGACUACUACAGCGCCCAGAGGCAAGACCCCUCGUUUCAGCAUGAGUCGAUCUACCACCAGCGGUCGGGCUGCGCCGACCCACCCUACUCAUCGUGCCAGGGUCCGGGGCAGCCCGCCGCGGUCAUCUCUCCGCGGGGUCACGUUCUACCCACAACCGCGCUCUCGACCCCCGUCCCCGAACCAAGCCAUCACUGCGACUCGGUAACUCCGAGCCCUCCGCCCGCCUGCGGUCAGACUCCCACUAGCCAAAACACUUCAACGGUCACUUCAAGGAAAGAUCCCGUGGUGUACCCUUGGAUGAAAAAAGUCCACGUAAACAUCGUGAGCCCGAACUACUCAGGGGGUGAACCCAAGCGCUCACGCACAGCCUACACGCGGCAGCAAGUCUUGGAAUUGGAGAAAGAGUUCCAUUACAACCGCUAUCUGACUCGCAGACGGAGGGUGGAGAUCGCCCAUACAUUAUGCCUAUCCGAACGACAGAUUAAGAUUUGGUUUCAGAACCGGCGCAUGAAGUGGAAGAAGGACCAUAAGCUUCCCAACACCAAAAUACGCAGCGGCUCCGCCAACACCAAUUCGAGCAGCGGCCCGACGCUGGGAAGCAGUCAGAACCGAGCGAGCGGACCUCCGCCGAGCCUAUAGCCCUAUAUAUACACUGUUGCCCAAAACACGUACAAUUAUAAAAUCUAAUUUUCUGGAGCGUACAACGUGGAUUUUACCCGCGUCGUGUCUCCCAACUCUCCCCUGCGCUCUAAUUACAGGGAUAAAACACGAGGAAGAUGUGGAGGAAAGAAAGCGUUCAUCUUUUUAACACUAAAAUGGGUGAAGACUCGAACUCGAAAUGCUACUACAGAAGGGUCGCCUUCCCAGUCUGGUUCCCAUUUUUUCUUUUUUCUCCCCCCCCCCCCGCACGCCUCUCCUGCUCACUCGCCCCUUCCCUAAGCACAGAAGGCGGCAGAUAGUUUUCAGAUUUGGUGAAGAUGGAUCCGCGUUUCAUCUUUAAUCACGCCAAACUCGGCCCCAUUUGUCAUGUUUACUCUGUGGUACAAAGGAUGAACCGUAGGCCUGCCCAUUACCUCGACGUCUAGCGUUGUGCUUAAUAAAUGAGUCGCUCUGUUUCGUCAAGAAGCCUUUUCUAACUCCCUUUAUUCCGCCGGCUUUAAAAAAAAAAAAAAAAACUAGCCGAGUGUUUUUCAACUGAUAUGAAGUUUUGUAUUUUGUAGCAAUUAGGUUAUUUUGCAUUUGCUAUUUGCAUUUCGAACGCGACGCCGGUGGGACUGACGGGUUUAUGGCGCGUGUGGUCCAUUCGGCGCGUGUUAAAAACGCAGGGACUCGUUUCACUCGCCUGUUUAGCGCAUUUCAGUUCAAGAACAGCAAAUUACUAAUUAGCUGGUAUUAAAUAUAAUAUAAAAGUUCAAUGAAGCUGGACGGCUAGAUAUGCAUAACCAAAACCGGUACAACGCAAAGCAUUUUAAUGAGAGCACUGCUAAGUACUAUUUGAAUUACCUCAAUUGUAUUUCUUUUUUUUUUUUGUUUGUUUGUUUUUUCUUUUUGUCUAGUUUUAUGAAGUGAUAACUUUUAAGUUCUUCGGACUUAAUGGCGAAUAUCUGCAAUAGCUAAUCUCAGCAUUUGUAAGUUGAAAUGAAAUUUAAGUUAAAUGUGGCCAGGGUGUAUAGAGAAAGGUGCGUAUAUUGCAUGAAUAAAUACACUAUAUUUUCGUUUAUUCUUUAUUAUGUCACUACCACCCUCGUUUUGUUUUAUGGUACAUAGAUAUGUGCACAUACCACGUUUCUUUCUUUCUCUCUCUUUCUUUCUUUCUUUCUUUCUUUCUUUCUUUCUUUCUUUCUUUCUUUCUUUCUUUCUUUCUUUCUUCCUUUCUUAAUUUUAUUCAUGUUAUUUUAUUAUUAUAAUUAUAUUAUUAUUAUUAUUAUUAUUAUUAUUAUUAUUAAUACAUUCCAAAGAUCAGUUUCCUCGCUGAUGAAUUGUAAAUUUAUCCUCUUACAUGUUUGUAUUUUGUCUUCUUUCUGCUUGUACCUUUCACUGUUUACCUUUGUUACAUGUAAAUAGCUCUAGAAAUUUAAUAAAUGGCGGAAAAGUAUAAUCUUU